ACGGUUACGUGUUAUUCUGUCGAGCGAGUUCCGCGUUACACCCGCGGUGUGCGUAUCAUCAUAGAUAAUGUAUUAUAGAUAAUAAAAUGUGUUAUCUAUAUGUGUGGUAUCAUUCGAAUGUCGACUGAUAAAAUAUAGUGAUAACCACUGUUCGUGACACCGGGGUUUCGAUUUUUCGAAUAUUUCGAUGUAGGUAUUAAUAUUUAACAUUUAUUAUAAAAUUCAUCGUGGAUUUUUAUUCUUGGAAUUAGAUUUCAUCAUACAUUCGUACCUCAGAAAUUGUCAUAAUGCGUUGUAAAACUUAUCGACGGCAGAUCUCAAUUAGUUUUCUCGACAAGUAUUGAACGAGCGCGUCCGACCAGAGUGAAAUCGAACUAUAUACGCAAAUCAUGAGCAUGACAUACCAGCAAUUUGUCGAGUACGCUACAGAUUUAAAAUAUCAUUCGGACUCGAUAGAUGACGGUUGGAGUUUACGUCAAUACCAAUGUCCAAUGAAUCGAAAUUUUAUUAAUUAUCUAGUAAAAAAGGAGAUACAAAAAAAGAAUAAAUCUUCAUUGAAAUCUAUCCACUCAGAUCCUCUUACGGAAGACAAAAUUCCAAUUGUUUGUGAAUAUCACAUAUUGUACAAUCCAAGUUAUUCGUGCCCAGAUGUGUUCUUUAAUAUGUGGUAUACUGAUGGAAAGUUACUUUCAUUAGAACAUGUGUGGUCUUUGGUGCAUUCUUUUUUAAAACAAAAUGUAGUCCAUGACAAGUGGAAUGCUAUAACUCAAGAGAUGCAUCCAUUUUCUAAUUCACCAUUCUUCAGAUUACACCCUUGUAAGAAUACUCAUGUUUUAGAGAUGUUAGGUUUUUCUUCAAAAAAUAGUUAUGAGUUCAAUCCCCUAAUAGCAUGGUUAAGUACUAUUAGUCCUCUAAUUGGUUUGGAAAUAGACCUAUCAUAUGGAAACCAGAGGCUCAAAAGUUAAAUUUACUUAAUUUGUUUUUUAAUUAAAUUUUUAAUUCAUCAUUAAAAUUAUUAUUAAUGAAAUAUGAAAUUGUAUUUUAUUACAAACAAAUAAAGAGUGAUUCUUAAUCAUAGGUUCAAUUAGAGGGGCUUGGGAAAAAUCUGAUUCGAUACAUGAUGUAAAAUAUGUACUAUAACUGGAGUUACAAAUCUAUGCCAUAGGUGGCACAUUGGCCAAAUUUUAACGACAAGCAAAAAUAUUUUUAUAUUAUUUUUCAAUUUUACAUUAAUGAAUUUAUGCAAUUUGUUGUAUUUAAAAAAAAAUUGUGAAAUUUCUUUAAAUACAAUAUUUGCGUCAACCAUAGGCACAAUUUAAGGGGGGGGGCUAGGUUAACCAGUUUUUAUAUGUGGUGGUUCGAAGCUUCUUCUACCGAAUCUACUACUGGAACAAGCCACACACAAGCUACGAUCUAAACAGAGUAUAAUAAUAAAUAAUAUCAAAUUAUUAUUGUUUGUAUUUAAAAUGAUAUGAUACAAUUUUAAUAUGUUAUGUAUGUUAUUAGUUUAUAAUUUUAUAUUUAUUAACUAAUAUUUUGUAAAAACCAAAUCAAUUUUAGUAUGUAUUGAUAAAUGUUGAAUACAGUAUAUAUCGAUUGAACAGUA